ACUCAAUGAAAAGUGCAACCUGUGUCAUUAUUCUUGAAAAAAUCAUUUUUUCAGUGGCAAUAAACUGACGUAGUGUUUGUUACUGAAAGAUAAGCAGCACCAUGGACAUCGUAUUAAAAUUACUGAUUUCGAGUUCCUCCCGUUGUUCCAUAGAAAAUCACCAUGGUUGUACCUACACGGUGUCAUGUGUGCAACGGCCAUCAAAAAUUGCGGUCGUUCCAUGCGCCUACGAAGCAAAUGUAAAUGUUACGUUCAAAAUAAAACAAUCACAACUGGAUACUUUGACAUCAGGAUUCUUCAGUGCCACAAAUUAUGAUACCCGAAUAAAACAUAUAAUUGCUCACGAGAAUGAGUGGCACACUUUAGAGACGCACACUUUUAAAUACUUUUCUCGUACUAUAUCUUUAAACUUAACGGGAAAUGGCAUAGUCAAUAUAAACAACGAAACCUUUUUUCAACUGGAGCAACUGCAGUAUUUAUAUUUGUCGCAUAAUAAAAUUAAAAUACUGUUUCAGAAAUCACUCUCUUUAGCAACUGCAAAUGCAUUGGAAGAGUUGGAUUUGUCAUACAAUAUGUUGACUAGCUUACAAUCGCCUUUGUUUACAUCUUUGAAAAAAUUGCACACUCUGCAUCUACAAAAUAAUCAACUUAUUUCUAUUUGUGAUGAAUGCUUUUCUGGUUUAAAGAACUUGGCAAUAUUAUAUUUACAAAAUAAUAAUAUUACGAGUCUUAACGCGACAUUUAUACCACUCAACUUAAGUUUACUUGACUUGUCAAGUAAUAAAAUAAAAACACUAAAUCAUAGUGAAAUAAGUCAUAUGAAUGCUUUGUUAUACUUGAAUAUUUCUUACAAUUUACUAGAAACAGUAGAUACUUAUGCUUUUGAAAAUACAUGGAAAAUGGAAUAUCUAGAUUUAAGUCAUAACAAGAUAUUUUCAAGUAUAGAACCUCAAAUGUUUAUGAAUAACCAUUUACUGAAGUAUAUUGAUUUAUUUGACAAUGAAAUCACCACUAUUAGGGAGCUAGCUUUUCAAUUCAACUCUAUAAAAUAUAUAGAACUCGAUCAAAAUAGUCUCUCAAUUAAUAUUAGUCGUAAUUGUUUAAAAGGUCUUAAGAACAUAAAAUAUCUGAAUAUUACUAAAGAAAAAAUUACCGCAAUCAACGAAUACGCAUUUGUUGAUAUGGAAAAUCUACAAUUCUUAAAUUUAAGCAGAAAUUAUAUAGAAUAUGUUGAUAAUACAAGUUUUGAAUUUAAAUAUGAAAAUAAAUUAACGUUUUUAGAUUUAUCAUAUAACUUUAUAAAUGACUUGUAUUUUCUACAAAACUUUACGAGUCGCUUGAUCGAGUUGUAUUUAAAUAAUAAUAAGCUCACAAUACUUAGAACAGGUAUUUUUGAAAAGCAUACAAUGCUAAUUCGAUUGGAUGUUUCUGAAAAUGAUAUCAUAUUGCUAGAGCCAUUUUCGUUACCUUUAGUUAAGCUUCAAUAUUUUAAUAUAAAUAAGAAUAACCUAAUGGGUAAUAUCACUAAAAAUGUAUUCAGCCCUGCGCCAUUUAUAAGAUUUUUGAAUUUAAAUAAUUUAAAGAUCCAAGGAAUCGAUGAAAAUGCCUUUAAAGACUUACAGCUCUUGACUAAACUGAAUUUAUCUAAUAAUGAAAUCGAAUUUAUACAUUCAAAUAAUUUUCAAAAUAUGGAAAAAAUGUACAGUUUAGACCUAUCUUACAAUAAACUAUCACAGCUUGAAAGUAAGACUCCGUUAAAUUUAUUAACGGCAAUCUAUUUAAAUAAUAAUCAAUUUGAGCAUUUGCCAAAUUUAUUUUCAAAUAAAUCAGCAAUUAUAUACAUUGACAUAUCUAAUAAUAACAUUUAUAAUCUUGAAAGUGCUGGGUUAGAGAAUUUCCCUAGCGUAAGAGUUUUAAAACUUUCGCAUAAUUCGAUUAAGAUUUUUAAUAGUAACCAUACAAAUGCACUAACUAAUCUUUCUGACUUAACUCUUAAUUCUAAUCAGAUAACCGCAAUUAACUUAGAUUGCUUUGAAGUAUUAAUGAGCAUAGAUCUAAGUAAUAACAGUAUAAGCCUAAUAAACAGUACGACAUUUAAAAAUCGUCAUUCACUUCAAUAUUUAGACCUGAGUACAAAUAAAAUAUCAGAGAUUGUACCAGGUACAUUUCAAAACUUGAAAAUUCUGAAAUUUUUGAAUCUUUCAUCCAAUUCCCUAACUUAUUUUCGUUACGGCACCUUUAGAGGCCUAUCUAAAACUGAAAUGAUAUAUCUAUCAAAAAACAAAUUAAGGUUUCUAGAUGUCAAUAUUUUUCACGAUUGUGAUGAUCUUAAAAAGCUAAUAAUAGAUUAUAAUUAUAUUCAAACCGUAAACAUAGAAACUCUGAUUGCAGUUGCACCGAAUUUAAUAUCUCUUAGUCUGGGAGGAAACCCUAUUGCGUGUGAAGAGAUUAUAAGAAGCGUAAAACUGAAAGAAUCGAAGAAGUUGGAAGUAACAUCCAUUCAUAAAAUAUUUCAUGAUGACAAUGUUCAUGGUAUAAGGUGUGGGAAUGCCAGCUAUAAUUCUUCAGCUAUAGAAUCUCAUAAUAAAGCUAUGGACAAAAGCAUACUUGAAGGGGAAUUCUUUGCCCGCGCUCGUUGGCCUCUCCUUCUUACAAUCUGGGGUCUUUUAAAAAAGAAGCGUGAAGAAGCAUUUCUGCAGGCUAACAAGGUGAGGAUGGUUGGUGUGCGCCAACUAUCAUUCCGUCUGGACUUUGCCAUCACUUAA